CAAUGGAAAAUACAGUACACAGAAACAGGAGGGGAGGAGCGUAGGCUGGGGGACAUGAACCACAUUUCGCUUUAUCUGAUUGGACGGUCUUGACGAAACGGGCGGUUCUUCUACAGAUUCAUUGGGAAGUGAAAGCCUCAAUGUCAAAGAAGCUUGUAUCAGCUGUUUCAGACUAUUCACCGAUAAAAACAUCAGCGACGGAGAAAAACAGUCGUCUGCCACUAAACCCUAUGAAGAUUGACGGAUUUUACGGAUAGGAACUCAAGGGCAGCGUCAAGCGGUUUUCAGGUAGCGAGCUAAAGGAAAUAUGAACUCCCUACCAGGCAGGAGUGUGUCGCUGUGCAGACGCAUGACAGCGGGCGCUAUGAGGGUCCUCGCGGGCACAACGGGCCAUCCUGAUACUGUGGCCCGUGCGACCUGCCUCGAGGCUGUCAGAGUGUGCCACUCAGGCUCGAGCCGCAAGGGCAGCGUCAGCACCAAGAAGCGUGGCUAUGACAUCACCAGAAACCCCCACCUGAACAAGGGCAUGGCCUUCACCCUGCAGGAGCGCCUGCAGCUGGGCAUCCACGGCCUCCUGCCCCCCGUCUACCUCUCCCAGGACGUCCAGGUGCUCCGUAUCAUGAAGAGCUACGAGGGCCGCAACCCCCUCGACAAGUACAUCUUGCUGAUGACUCUGCAGGACAGGAAUGAGAAGUUGUUUUACCGCCUGCUGACGUCUGAUGUAGAGGAGUUCAUGCCCAUUGUCUAUACCCCCACUGUAGGGCUGGCCUGCCAACAGUACGGACUGGCCUUCAGGAGACCACGAGGUCUCUUCAUCACCAUCCAUGAUAAAGGCCACAUCGCCACCAUGCUCAACUCCUGGCCUGAGGAGAACAUCAAGGCCAUUGUGGUGACGGACGGAGAGCGUAUCCUGGGUCUGGGCGACCUGGGCAGUUACGGCAUGGGCAUCCCAGUGGGUAAACUGGCCCUGUACACGGCCUGCGGAGGAGUGCCACCCCAGCAGUGUCUACCAGUGCUGCUGGACGUAGGCACCGACAACCAGGCACUCCUGGAAGACCCCCUGUACAUCGGCCUGAAGCAUAAGAGGAUCAGAGGAAAGGAGUACGAUGACCUCAUCGAUGAGUUCAUGCAGGCAGUUACUGACAAGUAUGGAAUGAACUGUCUGAUCCAGUUUGAGGACUUUGCCAACUCCAACGCCUUCCGCCUCCUCAACAAAUACCGCAACCGCUACUGCACCUUCAACGACGACAUCCAAGGCACAGCCUCAGUAGCAGUAGCUGGGGUGUUGGCUGCUCUGAAAAUCACCAAGAACAAACUGUCAGACCACACCUUUGUGUUCCAGGGGGCCGGGGAGGCUGCACUGGGCAUUGCCCACUUGCUAAUCAUGGCCAUGGCAAAGGAGGGGGUGUCGGCCACGGAAGCCGCAAAGAAGAUCUGGAUGGUCGACUCCAGGGGCCUCAUCGUCAAGGGCAGAGGAAACCUGAACCAUGAGAAGGAGGAGUUUGCCCACGACCACGCCCACAUCAAGACCCUGGAGGAGGUGGUGCACACCAUCAAGCCCACCGCCCUCAUCGGAGUGGCGGCCAUCGGAGGGGCGUUUACUGAGAAGAUCAUCAAGGACAUGGCGUCCUUCAACGAGAGGCCCAUCAUCUUCGCCCUGAGUAACCCCACCAGCAAGGCAGAGUGCACCGCUGAACAGUGCUACCAACUCACCAAGGGGCGGAGCAUCUUUGCCAGUGGCAGCCCCUUUAAUAAGGUGACCCUGGCUGACGGGCGCUCCUUCAUCCCUGGUCAGGGGAACAACGCCUACGUAUUCCCUGGCGUGGCAUUGGGGGUCAUCGCCUGCGGGGUGCGCCAAAUCUCUGACGACAUCUUCCUCACCACAGCCGAGGCGAUAGCUGACAUGGUAACAGAGGAGCACCUGGCCGAGGGAAGACUCUACCCUCCACUCAACAGCAUCAGAGAAGUGUCCUUUAAGAUCGCAGUUAAGGUGGUUGACUAUGCGUACAGACACAAAAUUGCCUCCCUUUACCCGGAGCCCAAGGACAAGGAGGCGUUUGUGCUCUCCCAUGUCUACAGCCCCGACUACGACUCCUUCGUCCAGGACACCUACGACUGGCCCCAGGACGCCAUGAAAGUCCAGGAUGUGUGAACUCCAUCUCCCAUCAGCCACCUCUUUCUAUCCCCAUGUUCGAUCCCUCAGUACAGCACAAGGGAGCUACACAUAUCAGACAUGCGCUGCCGCCUCUCCUCUCCAGAUUUCGCAUUAUUUCACCAAUCAUCACUCAACAGUCGCGUUCCCCAGCUCAGACGUUGCAUGCAUCAACCAAUGGUUCCAUUCCACGGCAUCGACAGUGCCUUCCGGCACCAGAUUGCUAUAACAUAUGAGGUUAACUCAUACAUAAAAUACCUAUCCAGGCGUUGUAAGAUCUGGCAUGUGUCCGCAACGCCUGGGCAGAGGAACGCGCCCAACGCCUUCUGUAGUUAGACACUCCUUUGCCUCUAGACACUCCCCAGUACCCAUAGAAUGUAAUACAUAGGAUGUACAUCUGUAGGAGAUUACAAAUGGUUAACCAGCAAAAAUAUAAUUUAAGGGGUAUUUUUUGAAGGUUCAGUCAUUUCAUUUGAUGUCCCCCUUGACUUUUGUAAUUGCUUUGUUUACCAUAUCUCUAUAUGCGUCCAUAUAAUCGAAUUGCCAGGUUAGUGCCACAACGUUUCAUGUGUAACUUGAGGGAACCCUAUCUGUUCUAUACAUUCUAUUUCUAUGUUUCUAUAUUCUAUUUUGAGAUUAUUUAUUUGUGAUUGAUACAGAAUCUGGAGACAGACUGUUCUGUGUCACCAAACCCCUAAUAACACACUCCGUUGAGCAUGUUUGGACUAGCUUUAAGAACUUAUAGGCUAACUUGGGAAGAAAUGGCAUAUUCCCGAAAGGUCUCUGUCAUCUAUUGUAGGCAUCUCAAUAGUUUUACCUUGCUUCCUUCACUUGGAAAAGUGGAUGGGUGAAUCCCAUAUCGCCUUUACCUGUCCAUUGUUUAAAUUAGUCUAGAUAAAAGGACAUAAAGGCAAACCCUCAUAGUGCCGGCCUCUGUUUGACCUCCUGACCUCACAUGUAAUAUCCUGCAGAUUCUAGUCUUUAGUUGGAGGAUUCUAUCAGAUAUUAGCAAAGAAUGAUAUGUACAAGCUGGUUCACACUGCAGUAUCAUUGAUUUUAAAGCACAACUCAAAUAUUAUUAACUGACAACUUCUUGCUCCCUGUUGUCACUUCAUACUUUAGGCUACGCUCCUGCCAAAGCCUGGGUUACAAGAGGACCAGUUCGAUAACCUAUAGAAUUUGCUCAUCUUGUAUUUUUAUUCUAGACUUUGUCACAGAUUCCCUGUUGAUGCGUGUCAGAUUUUUAACGCGAUGACUAGCUACAUUUUUAUCACUGACAUCAUUACCAUUAGGAACUGACUUUUACAUUUGAGUAAUUUCGCAGACACUCUUAUCCAGAGCGACUUACAGUAGUGAGUGCAAUUUUAUAUUUUCUUCGUACUCGUCGGAAUUGAACCCACGACCCUAGCGUUGCAAGCGCCGGGCUCUACCAACUGAGCCUCAAGGGACUUCAGGUUUGUGAGGUGCCCGACGUUUGUGUACAGAGGAAGCUUUAAUAAGCACUAGUCUAUCACUAGCCCAUUCAUAGAUGCUAACUACCUUUAGCAUUUAUUCAUGACGGUAACUUCUGGCCGGGGGAGUUUUGUUAAGAGCUUGUUCUGAACGUUAACACAAAUCGCUUGCGGUAUGAUUUUGGAAACAUAAGGAAAGUAGCUUUCAUAUCAGCAAAAAUGUUUUUCUAAAACCAAAAGGUUAAAUUACUACGUACCUUUUAUAGGGUUGGUGUUCCCACACGGCCAUAUCUCCAUGUUGCAGCGCUUGUUUACAGAAGACUGAGGCGACCUGUGCUUAUUAGCUAUCUAUUGUGCUCGAACACCUGUGUAAGCAUAACUGGAGAGGUGUAAUUCGUCAACUGUAGUCAUACAGUUGUAUGGAUGUCUGCAACCCUGCUCAGUAAGUUAAUGUUUUAUUUGAGCGAUUCUUACUCGCUAAUAUGAAAGAUAAGUUCCAUAUGUUUCAAAAACCGUAUCGCAACGCUGAUUAUUGAUGUUUCUAAACAUUAAAACAUAGUUCACAUGAUCCCACCAAUAAGCAGUGCUUAUAGCUGAGAAUGCCUUGGAUUCUCGAGAGCAAGUGUAGCUCCAUAAUAAUUACAUAUGUGAUUGACUCUUUGGGUAUGCUUUUUUAAUAAUGGAGGGGUUGCAUCUUAUGUGUGUAGUUUUGUAUAAAGCGUUGCCUGUUUCUGUUUAGGUGUUUUUGCUAAAGGUAAUGACAGAUAUGGUAAAUGUUCUAUUUUAUUUUCCCCCAGAGAAUAUUAUGCUCUGCUUAAGUGUGAUGCACCACAGAAGGAAUUCUAUUUGGGGUUUUCAAGGAAAAAUGUGUUUUUGAAGGGAAUAAAAAAGGCACUAAGUGAA